CGCAUUGUUUAUGCUGAAGAGAAAAUGAAUUUAAUUGUAAUAUAGGCUUAGACUUAUUUGUUCUGGCUUUUAAGCAGAAUGUUUUACAACUUUGAUUAGCCAUAUUCGAAGCGAGAUUUUUAGACCCAAUCAAAAAUUUAAAUUUCAUAAGAAACUGUGAGGAAAUGCCCUUAAAGUAUUGAAUCAGAGAUGCACCAAUGGCCAGCUUGGUGGGGAGAGCUGGGAUCCCUCCACAGCCCAGUACUGGAUUCUUGCGAAAAUGUGCAAAAGAGCAAGAAAAGUUACGCACAAAACUUCACAGACAACUACAGCAUCACAUGCUUCAGCUGUUAGAUGAAGGGUGCUUUUCUGAUAUCACUGUCAAAUCAUCGGGUAUACCAACUCCUCUAGCAGUUAAAACUCACCAAGCUAUACUAAAAGUUCGGGUACCAGCAUUUCUUUGUGAACUUAGCCAGAGUCAUCAACAGUCACAAACUAGUCACAGUGGCUUUAAUUCCUAUCUUAGUAAUGUGGAACUAUUAUCCUUUUUAAGGAAGGUUUAUUCAGAAGAUGACAUCAGAAGACAUGAAUGUGAAGCUGUUAGAUUAAACAAAAAAUAUUCAGAAGCAGAAAAGUUGAGUGAACUUGCUUCUUCCACUCAAGAAACCUCCUCUACAUCCAAAACUGAAGAACAAGAAAGUUUGCAAACAAGUGGUGGCUAUUUAUCAUCAAAUGGUGAUAUUUAUCUCACCCCUAUAUCUAGUCCUCUUUCUCCAGAGAAGAAAAUCAUACGUGUCCCUGAAGAAGUUCUCGAGAUAACAGUUACUCAGCAAGAGUCAGGAAAAGACUCUUAUAACGUGUCUUCAUUUCAUGAUUUAAAACUAGUCAUGAAAACCAAAGAUAAUAAUAAACUAGUCACAGAAUGUAAUGUUGAUGUGAAGAGCGAGGAAAAUAAUAAACAGUUGAUUGCACUUCAAAAUAGUUCUCAAAACUUACUUCCCACUGAAGUAAGUUCUUCUAAAAUUUGUUUAGAAACAGAUUUUCAAGACUCUUCGCCUACUUCUGAAGAAAAAGAAUCUCCUGUAAUUAGCUUACCUAAAAAACAACAAGGUCUUAAGUGUGAAAAGAGGGGUUUACCAAGAAGUGACACUUUUGAACUUAAUACUUCAUUGUUGCAAGAAAACUCCCAAGGUACUGUAGUAGAAAAAGAGGCAGAAGUCACACCUGUACAAGAAAUUACCAUACCAAAAACAGAUAAGAAACAAGAAUCCUUUUUUCUUCAUGAUAAGCCAAGCAUCUUGAAGGAUAAGGGAGAAAAAAAUGAACCACCUAUUAUAACCUCUCAUGUACAGGCAUUAUCAACUUAUCAUCUUGAUGGGAGCAUGACAGAUUCUGGUUUCAUGUCUCAAAGCCAGUCUUUGAUGUCUGACACAGAAUUUUCAUCUUCAUUAAUGUGUUCUGUGAUGAGCUGCUCUAGUGUUAAAUCUUCUACUUGUGAAAAAGUGUUGGAAAAUAUUGCUGAAAACAACCAGUUAUCUUCUCCAGUCUGUUCAGGUUCACUUUUUCCAUUGUACAUUGACAUGAACAAUGUAAUCCCAGAAGAAAAUAUUAAAACUACAGUAGAAAAAACCCAGGAAGGUCCAUACUUGUGUACAGAUUCCACUGGUACUCUUCAUGAUGAUACACAAGCUGCCUAUUCCCUGAAACCACAGAUGACCUCUAUUGAAACUUUAGAACAGAGUUCCUGCUCUGAAAGAAAGAAAGGGAAUUCUUGUUAUAUGUAUGUGGAUCUGGAUUCAAUAAAACCUGAAGAAACUGAGAAAGUAUCUCAGCAAAGAGUUAAAGAAAAGAAACAUCCUAUGUCGGUAUCCAUGUUUGUUGAAAUGAAUGGAAAGAUAAAUGAUAGUGUUAGAUCUGCCCAAGAAAUGUAUAGUAGUCUUAUUGAACUGGACACUGAAAAAUUAGAAGAUAUUAAAGAUAUGACAGAUUCAGCAACUCAAAUAAUAAAUCGAGAAAGCUCUGGUCACCAAGAAAAACAUGUACCUUUAAGAAUGGUACAACAAGAAGAAUCUUUAGAACAUAACAAUUCUACUGAAGAAAUAGCAAAACAAAUUAAAGGCAUAGAGACCCAGCUAGAUGAUGAAGUUGCACAUUCAGCAUACCAGGCAUGUUCAGAGGAAGGGCUAUUACCAAUGAGCCCUAUAAUGAAACGUAAGGGUGUAAAACAAGAAUUGUUGAAGUCACCCCCUGAAGAUACGGCUGUCAAAGAAUCAAUAAAGCCACAAGAUGUGAAUGCCUUGACAUUUCCCUUAAAUGUUUCAAUACAAACCAUAAGAUCUAUCAGCAAGGACUCUCUAGAAGAAACCUUUGGACAAGAAGUUGACCCAGAUAAAACAGAAUCAUUAUACAGCUAUAAAGAAGACAUAGUAACAUCAGAGGAACAGCAGAAUGAUGCCACAGUUCACAACAUCCAACAAAAAGCAGAAAGGUAUCCUCUAAUGAUGUUUAAAUCCCCUGAAGAAACUACUCAUUUGGAUGAUAAGAUUCCUACCCCUGACAUAUAUCAGUCAAAGUUAGAAGACUCAACUAUAGUAAUGAGUCAUACUGCAAACAUUGAUUCAAAGAAGCAAUCUACAAGUGCAGUAGAACAGGUGAAUAUGAGUCAAAGAACUACUUCAAUUAAAACAAAAAAUUCUGAAUUGAAAAGUUAUGAAGAAGUUAGUUCUGGUACAGAACUUGAUGAAUUAGACAGAGCAAGAGAAGUAAUAUUAACACCCACAGAUAAACAUUCCCAUAUUACUCCUGUUUUAGUAUUAUCUUCUGAUGAGAAAAUAUUGGUCAAAAACUCAAAAUCCAGAAGCAAAGUUUCACUUAAUGAUUCAAAUGAACGAGUUACUAAUGAAUUAGAAGAAAGUGUUGAAAUAGUUACCGAAAUAGCUUUAGAAAAUCAACAGAAGCUGACCAAAAGUAUGAAACAGCUAGUAAGUCCACCCAUGAAAUUUACAGAUACAAAAUCCUCAGAAAUACCAGUAAGUCCACCCCCACAAUCUCCAAAUUUUAAAACUCCUGAAAGAGUAGUUAGUCACCCAAUAACACCUGCGGUAUCCAGAAUUCAAAGAGAAUUUGUUAGUUCACCUGAAAAGAUUGAAAGACCGAGAAUUUCAGAGAAGCAGUUCAAUGUGGAGAAACAGUUUGAGCCUGGAAAAAAGCAAAAAGUUUACCAGAAUUUCGAGCCCAGGAAAGAAAAUGUACAUAACAGUGAAAUAAGUCAAUUCCUAUCUCCUCUUCCUCUUCCUCCAUCUUAUGACUUAGAAGAUGACUCUGAAACUAUUUACUCUGAAGUGUCGGACAUUAGCUCAUCUAUUUUAGGACCUGUAAGUUUCAACACUUUAUUAGAUAGAGCUUAUCAGCAAGGCAGAAACAGCCCAGAAGGUAGUACCAACUACAAAUCUUAUGAGGCUUGUUCUAAACUAGGUGAAGAUUUACUUCGGAUGUUCUUAGAAGAAAUAAAUGCUGAUGUCAUCAUCCGAUUACCUGAAAGAGAUAUAAAAGCUCACAAGUGUAUUUUGGUUUCUCGAUGUAAAUACUUUGAAGCCAUGUUGAAAGGAGAUUGGACUGAAAAUACAGGUGAUAUCAUCAAAAUGCAAGGGUAUAGUUAUUCAGCAGUCCACUUUGCUCUCUGUCAUAUAUACAGUGGAGAUAUCAACUUGCCUAAAGGUGCUAAUAUUGCAGAGUUAGCCCAGUUGUCUGAUAUGUUGGCUCUAGAUAGCCUAAAAGAAGUGGUAAUAUUCCACCUGAAGAUGAAUUACUGUCACUUCUUUCACAGACCUUGUAACCAAUGUAUCAAUGGAGUGGUAGAAUGUUUGUCUCUAACAAAAUCAUGUGGGCUACAGGAGUUACAGAACAAAGCCAUUCGUUGGAUGGGCAAAUACUUCACUCGGAUAUGGACACACAAAGCUUUUGCUAUGCUUUCUAAUGAAUUUCAGGAAAAGUGUUAUCAGAGUGCUCUCCAAAACUUGACAAUUGAAACAUCUGUAGAAAUGCUCCUCAGUUGUGAUCGUUUACUAGCUUCACUGCCUCAUAUCAAGUGGGCUGAGCCAGUUUAUGGUCUUGUGACACGUCUAAUUCAAAAUUGUAUUCAUUUCAUGGCUGUGAAAUUUGAUAAAGUGGUGACCAGUGAUGGUUUUCUGGCUUUGGGAAAGGGUCAAAGUUGGAAUGUGACAGCUGUAGAAGACAAUAUCCUGUCAGCAGUAGAGCAAUUGACCCCAGACACUGCCUGUCGGACAUAUGUCCAAUUGGGUCAACUCCUCCCCAUGGCAGAGACACAGGGCUCCCAAGAAUUAGGGGACUGGACAGAGAAUUUUCUAGAACUGCUGCGUCGACUCCAAAGACAGAGUGAACGUUAUCUAAUUCACCAUGCAAACCAUGUGAUUCAUUGCACAAGCUGGAAUCUUCUAGCUCCAGAGGUUCAAAAAAAAAUUAGAGAUUCUGCUGUUAUAAUAUUUGAGUUUGAGAAGCCAACAGCACCACCACCACGUUUAUCUAGUUUACGAAAAAAAGUUAAGAAGACUCAAGAGGAUUAUAGUUUGGAUUCAGAAAAUAAAUGUGCUACGUUUCCUGUUAAGAACAGAAACAGCAAGUUGAAUAGUGAGGCAAAACAGGGGAAAAAACAGUUUCGGGGUCAGGAUAUUACACUAGCCUCUGUUAGAAAAUCUUCUCCUGAUAAAAUAAACCAAAACUACAGUCACAAAUUCUCUAUCAAAACAAUCCCAGGCAGCUCCACAUGUAAGUGGUCAACAGCUCCCUCUGGUAUUAGCCAUGAGGUGACCAAGCUCCUAAAGAAAAACAAAGAUGAAGAUUCUGGAACUUCACCAGACGUUUCUACGACCACUUCUUUGAUUUCAUUGGAAGAUUGUGAUCUUAGUACUGAUAAACAUUCUGACCCAACUAUGUCUGAUAAAAGUAGAAAAUCGAGACAAAGAAAUGAGUCAUUAAAAGUUAAUCCUGAGGUUCAUCCAAAGUCCAAGAGUAAUGUUACUUCUCCUGUAAGGGAUUCUUCCUUUAUAGCAUCUCAUCAAGUAAAAGAUGACAAACAGAAGAUUCCAAGUGAUCAGCAGGCAAAAGUUAGAAGCACUUCUCUCUCUCAAUUUCCCACAAAAAUGGAAGGUAUUUCUUCUUUACCUGGAGGAAAAAACAGUCAGGUUGCUAAAGUGUCUCCUUUUACAGUAAAGUCAGACAUCAUACCUCAGAGUUCAGAUAGUUGUGACAAAACUUUUCUUUCAGAAGCAAGGUCUGCGGAAGUACUUACCAAAAGUUUUUCCCCAGUAUCUUCAGAAGAAUUUGGAAGUGGUGAGAUAAACAAAGAUCUUAUGUCAGAAAUUGAUGUGGAAUCUUCUUUAGUCAGCCACUGCCUCCAAGAGGCAGAGUUGCUGGAGCAAGAGCUGCAACGAAAGCUGCAAAACCAGCAGAAUUCAUUAGGUCGUGACGAGUCAAGAAAACGUAGUGAAAGACCUAUUAUAAAUGUUGAUGCACCUGCAUCAUCUCAGAGACAUCCAACCAGGCCUCAAAGAAGGGCUCCAGUCAAAGCAAGUAGUGAACUAUCAAAUCGUAGAAGUUCUUCAUCUUCUGCAAUAGGAGCAACAGCUCGGAGUAAAUCAGUUGUCCCUCAUACUCCACAUACUGAGCUUCAGAGAAAGAAACCUCUCUCUUCCAGAAUGUCACGUUCAACUGAGAGAUAUGUAGCCCACUCUUUUGAAAAUGGAAGAUCAGUUAGCUCACUCCAUCACUCACCUUCUUCCUCCCGAAUCACCAGCUCCUCAGGUGUAGGGUUACGGUGUAAAGCAGUGAGCAGAGAAAAUAUACGACAUAGCAGUUCUGUAUCCAAAUGAGUGUUUGUUUUUAUGGUAGACAAUGUAUUUCUAAUAGCUGUAUUUAAAUUAGAAAGACUUACUCCUAACUUUUCAUGUAAUAACUACUCUUAUUGGUAUUAACUUCUGAUCAAAGUAAGCUACCUACGUUGAUCAAGAUUAUAACUAAAUACAUACACAUAGCUAAUUAAAUAUAAUGUUCAAACUGUAGUACUCAUGAUGAUCAAAUUGCAUUGUUUCAUCAGAUAGGCAUAAUAUUUUUGGCCUUUAAAACAGUUGCUUUAAAAUGGCAUACUGCAAUAAGUUAAUCCUAUAUUCAAAUAUUUCCUCACAAAUUAUAUAUAAAGCUCUAUUGCCCACUGUAUGCUAGAUUUUUAGACCAUCGACUCCAAUGGAUCAUUAGGCCACUUAGCAAUGCUACCAGUAGGUUAUUUGGGCUUGAGGUCUAUCAACUGCCAGGGUCAUUAAAGCCUUCAAUGUGUUGAGUCUCCUCACCAUUACUGACAAUGUGCUCGGCUGAAAUAAUGAAGUGUGCAGCACUUGAUUGGUUGUUGUGCAGCCACGCAGCUUAGAUGGAACACUGAAUAGUAGUUUUUUAGAAUAAAUGUCAACAUAUUUGUUUUAAAAUGAUCUAUAUGCAGUAUAAAGAUGUAAGAUUCAAGAUUGCAUUGAUACAAAUAACUAUUUCUUUUGUGUUCUCGUACUCUUCAUUGGUUCAGCAGUAGGUUUGAAGGUUUAUCAACGCUAAAAACCGGGUUUCGAUACUCAUGGCAGUAGGCAUAGCACAGAUAGCCUAUUGUGUAGUUUUGCACUUAACAACAAACAAACAAAAUGUUCUCAUAGUAUUUUCCAAUACAGUACAGUUUUAUAUAUAUAAAUAAAUGCAUACCCCAUAAUAGUAAAUUAGCUAGUAAAGAGUGUUGUCAUGUACACUUGAAAUUUAGUUGUUAGACCAUUUUCACUAAAUCAUAAUAUAGUUAGACAAACAGUUGUAAUUUAGAAGCUUUCAAUUUCUUUAAACUUGGAGGUGCAAUGAGUUUAACUAUAUAUGUGAACUCUCCAGUUGUUACGACAUGCCCUCUAUGCAUUAUAAAAGAAUUCUCCAUUGAUUUAUAUACAUAUGUAAAUGGGUGUGCAUGUGUAUGCGUGUCAUGUUUACUAAAUAUAAUUAUAGUAGAGAAAAUUGUUUGGAGGAAAAAAAUAUUUAUCACUUAACAAAUGUGAAAACUUGUGUAUUAAAAGACAAUUUUUAUUAUAUACAUGUUUAAAAUAAAAAUUGGCUAUUUAAUGAUUUUUUAUGUAAUUUUAAUAACAAUCAGUUUAAUUCAAUAAAUAUUUCCAAGAUAUUUUGUUUUAUGGAUUCUAAGUACUUCUAUGUCAGUUUUAGAAGAUUAUCUACAUAAUGCUUUAGUAUUUUUUUCUUAUGUUUCCUAAUGUGUAAAAAUAUCUUUAGAUUUAUUAUUGAAGUUUUUAAUGUCUUUAUUCAUAUAUAAAUAAUAUUAAAAAAGUUACAACUUGAGGUGCAUUUUGCUGUUAACCAUGAUUGUAUUAAAUCAGUUAAUGUUUAAAAGGCGUGUAGCUUUUAUAAUAGGAUGUUCUGAUUUUUAUUGGGAUACUUUAACCUUCUCCUACCCCUUUUUUGACUGUUGUGCCAUUUGUUUUGUUUUUUUUUUCUCUCUGUGCCAUUUGAAAAUUAGUAUUAUAGUGGUUGUUACAUUGAGUUAAAUUCACGUUUGAAUGAAAUAUUGUAAAUUAUUUAAUGUACAAUAGUUUUAUUUAUUUUUAACACAUGAUUUACAUGAUAAGGUGUUAAUAAUAAUAAUUAUUGUUAGAGUCCUUAAUUCAGUAGUGUAUAGGAACAGUGAAAGAUAAAAAAAAAUUAAUGUAAAUUAUUAAGUUUGUAAUGUAAGAAUAUGCACAAUUUAGUAAAUAAUAGUUGAAUUAAUCAGUUCAAAUAUGUGUUUGAUUAUUAGCAUACUGUUAAUAAAUAAGCAAAAGUACAAUUAUAUUAAAUCCUUUGAUUUGGUUUGCAUUGAAAAUAGUACACCAGAAAUUCUUGUUCAGUUUUCAGACCAAAGAACUAUUUGCCAAUGAUCUGAGUAUGUAUAAUAAGUUGAAAAACUAAAUUAAAACUGUCUUUUUGAACUUUCAGCCAUCAUUUUAUACUGCUACGUAUAUUUUUUCUACUUUUGAUAAUUCUUUAACAAUAAAUUAGUUAUUUUAAAUAUAUCGGCAUAAAUGUAUAACAUAAAUGUACUUUUUGCUCUACAGUUUCUGAAAGUGUGAUUUUAAUGUGUUCGCAUGUUUUGUAUAAGACAAGACACAGUCAGUAUUUAAUAUAUAUAAACUAUUCUACUGAAAGCAACAACUAUAAAAAUAUGCAUUCUUUCUUGUGGUUUUUGUCAAAAUGGAUAAGAUAAUGUGAGCUCUAAUGUAUAAUUUCUUAUAAUCACAAGUAAUUUGAGGUAAAGAAGAAAAUGGUAACCUUUUGAGCUAUUGGCCAAAGACUAACAUAGUGAACUUACUUCUUGAGAAACUGAGUGAACAGUUAAUGUGUUUUACAAAUCAUAGUUUACCCUAGUGUCAGGUAAGUGUAACUGUAAUGUAACCACUUACAGAAAUUAUUUAUGGUAAAAUCCAUAAGUUUAAGCUCUUCAGAAGUGUUGAACACAUAUACAAGGAAAGGUUAAUAAAAAUAAAAUUAUAUAAAACCAAUUGAUAUAUUCUUUUGCCAUAAAUAUGGCUUAAGAUGAAAUAUUCAUGUGUAGUAAUGCACUAAAUUUAAACAGUAUUAUUGUUUUUCAUUGUAUGUCAAUUUUGUACAAGAUGAUGUUGUCUUAAGGAUAUUUGAUGACUUGAUCUUCCUGUACAUUUGAACUAAAAACUGUAAUGGGAGGUCUAGUAUGUUUCUUACUCUGCUUAUUAUUAUGUGUGAGGUUAGUAUUCUCUUAAUUUUGAUUAGUUAGUGUGAUAAACAUUUUUAUAAUCAUAUUUGCUAUAUAUAUGUAAAAGAAAUGUUUCUAUACAUGUAAAAUAAAUGAGCAGUUGACCACGUGGUACAAUGUUCAGAAACUUAAAAAGGAAAUUAUAUUUGUAGAGUAUUCAUCCUAUAUGUUUAAUUGGCUCUUUAUGUAACCAUAAUACCUUGUUCACAAACAGCGACGAACAAAUUUUUUGAAAUGAAUAAUCUCAUGAAAUCCUUUUUCUUACUUCAAACUCAUGAUGUGCAGAUAAUCUCUUGAAGACUUGUAAGAUUCUGUUAAAACUGUAUCAAUAUCUUUGUUACUUUUUCUUACUUCAAACUCAUGAUGUGCAGAUAAUCUCUUGAAGACUUGUAAGAUUCUGUUAAAACUGUAUCAAUAUCUUUGUUACUUUUUGAGUAUAUAUUAUUUUUGUGCAUUAUAACUUUGUGUUUUGAUGAUGAGUUUCAUCAUCUUUUAUAUGACAUUAUGUGUUUAAAAGUGUGGUAUUGUUUAUUGUGUGACAAAGAAAAAAGAAUAUACCAAAGAUACCCGGAUAGUGUCUCUGUUGCAAACUAAAUGUUGUUUAUAGAAGAGUUUAAUGUUUGUGAGUUUGAUGAGUGCAUUUUAGUGAAGUUUAAAGUUAUGGUAUCAUUUAUAGAUACAAUACUUGGUGAGCUGUGGUCCAAGAAUUAGUCUAGGCUUUCAAGUCUAAUUAUAGUACAUUUUCUUAGUCUACAGCCUACCCUAUUUUUCAAUGGUAUUUGUUAAUAUGUGGUGUCAAGUUGGUUAAUAUUCAUCCAAAUAUAUUGUAUUUCUAUAAUAAAUAGGGUGGAUAGAAUUAGAAGUUAACAGGUGUUAAGCGUGUAGGUGAUAUAUAUAAAAAAUAUCUUUGAUCAUCUUUGAUUUUGUUAAUAGUUCUGACCAAAGUGAUUAUAUUGUAAGCAUUUAUAUGUGGUCUUAUGUAUGCCACUUUCCAUUUAAUUUUGUGAGCAUUUAUUGAUACAAAGCAUUUUUUAUUUGAUUCAUUUUAAUAACACAUAAGUAGGAGCAUUAAAGUUUGUGUACAAAUUCCAUGUAUAAAAGUAGUAAUCCUGUACUGAUUGGAACAUUACAUUAAACAAACAUUAAUGUACCUAGUAUGGAAAAACUCUUGCUUGUGUUGUAAACAGUUUUUGGAAUGCAAUAUUGAUUCAAAACUAUAUGGUACAAUGAAGUGCUAACUAUAAAGAACCAAUCCUGUUUGUUAAUGUAACAUGUACACUGCCAGCUUUUCAAUGGUCAAAGCUGGAAACAGCUGUAUGAGUUCCUUUAAUAUAUUGUGUUCUAUUACAUUUUUUGCAGUAUUAAAUUAUUAAUUUAAAUAGAAAACUAAGUCAACAUUUCAUAAAGUACCAAAUUCUUUCAAAAUGUAUAAUUUUUUUUAUUGUGGCUUAUGAAGUUAUAUUGUCUUGUUGGGAUCCAAUUUUAUUUAACCUAAUUUAUGCACAGAUCACUGAAGAACAAAUUCUAAGUUGAUUUGUUCUAUGUUCUUUCUUCUGUAAGUCAAAUUGUAGAAUGUGGACACAGUAGUAUGUAACACAAUGCUCUUUAGAAUCUAUGUCCAUAAAUUAUGCAUUUGUUUUCCAGUUGUUUAGAAAUCACUAAAGGUUUCAUGUUUACUUUUUAAUUUUCACUUCCUUGUUUUGAUUUGAGUCUAAUUCUUUUAAUAUAUUUUCCAUACAAACAUUAUUUUUAUUGCACUUUUAAUUGAUUUAGAUUUCAGAGGCUUAGUAGAUUUAGUGUUUUGGGCUUUUUUUUUAGAUUAAUGCAUUAUAGAUAUGAAUAUAAAAAUAAUAUUUUCAUUAAAUUAUUUUGGAUAUUCAAGAUUUAAAUAUACUUUUACAAGGUACAUUCUGUUAGUUCAAAUGUGUAAUUUGUUGUAGUUAAUUCUGUUAAAAUGUGUGUCCUGGUGGUAUUUAAAAAAUUAAAUAAAUCAAUUAAUUUACAGAAUCGAUUUUUUUAAGUUUAAAUAGAAAGUUAUAGCAUUCUCUAUGAUCAGUUUGUUUGUUUGUUUUCCAUUUCAUCAUUUUAUGCCAGAAUUCUUGAAUUUUGUUUAAUUCCAUAGCAACUUUAUUAGCAAGAUUGAGAUUUUCUGAAUGGAUCUGAAAUAAAAAGUGAGAAUAUCAUUAUGUAAAUCAGUUAACUAUAUUAUUGAUUUGUUAUUAAAAACUGCACAUUCUGUGUGUUUUAAUGCAAUCUGCUUUUAUAUUUUAUUGCCUUUUCAUAAGAAAGUCAAAGUAGAAAAGGAAUAAAAAACUA